CCAUGUUCUCUCCAUUUGCUUCUCCGUUUCGCCACAGAUGGCUCUCGCGUUUCAGUGCAUGAAAAUGGAUGCCAAUGUUGUUAAUGGCGGAUAUGGCUGCCGGUAAAUCAUGCUGAACUGAAGAAUUUCAGUCACCCAGAUUUGAUUUUCCAUUAUUUCGGUUUCUUUCGCCCUGCUGACUUGUAGAAUUCUGUGGAGAGUUUCUGGUAGUAUUAGCGAUAUUUUCUCUGUCAAAUUUGUCAACCCGUUUUAUGUUUUGCAAGAAUGUCAAUUUCUAGUUCUGAUCUCAAACAUGCUCUACGCAAAACCGACUUUCCGUUUUGUGCUCGCGAAGCUUUGACAAGAAUCGAACAAAUAUACGCUCCAAAUGCAAUGGGAAGACCUCCAAGUAACAAGCAAAUUGAUCUUGCCGCGGAAGUAAUGGCAGAAUUUGUAUUUUGCGAAGCAGACCGCAGAGGCAGUAGAAAACGACGCCUUUCUUGUAUUCAAGAACUUCAACUUUUGGAGGUGCUCUGUGAUUAUUUUACUUAUUCGGGUGCUAGUAAUGAACCUGCACGAAAUGCUGUUUUUAUGGCUCUUUUCCCUGCUUCUAAUGCAGAACGAUGUAGGUUACUUGCGAAAUUAGUGUCAAUGGCUAUAUCAACCAAGAAUACACCAGUCCUAAAUGCUACUGGUGUAUGGAUGCAGCAUUUAGGCAGUGCAACACAGGGCAGCUUGGAAUUGGCACAAGGGUUAGUAAAAGACUAUUUUGUGCUAGUACCUCGUGCAGGUAGUGGAUUGCAAGACUUACCACAACUGGCUCCCUAUUUCACUUCCAGCCUUUUAACAGCUGUUGCAGAGAUAUACACUGGAGAGGGUCCUACAUCUGCCCCUCCUCAGCCACUUUUGGAAGUUGUAACGCAAUGGGUGGCAGAUCUUCCAACACUUUGCAUAGCAGCUCUUCCUGCAGAGCCACUGCAUAGGACUUCUCCCACUACUCCAUACGCCGGUUUGUUUCGAUGGUGUAUUUUGGCACCAUUGCAUUUCCAUCCAUCCCCAGCAGUACUCCUGUAUUCCCGUUUACAUUUGGCAUUACUGGAAUCUUUGCUUGAGUGUCGACAAUUGCAACCUGGACGAUUGGAGGGUUCAGUUAUGCCUCAGCAGUUGAUGAUGACAGCUAGAUCCAUGAUCCGAAGCAAUGGCUCAGCUGAAGCAAUGCAGGAUGCCAUUGAUCGUUUUGCACAGGCUUUGCAGCUUAUAUUGGAUUCAAGACUGUUGGCUCAGUCUGGCCAAUUGGAUCUCUUUCAAUUGUUGGAUACCCUUCCACGUAACAGACUAAUGGCUCUAGUUCUAAGGAAGCAUCGAGGGCAGUCUUAGCAAAUGUAUGAAUGUUCUGUUUGACACAGAAGCAAUUGAGCUGAAAUAUAAUUUAUUUAAAUAUGAACUAUAACAAAAAUGACAUGCCAGAUUGGAUGGGGCUGGUGGCACAAUUCCACAUAUAUAGUGAGUUUGUUAGUAUGCCCCUUCAACAAGACCACGGCCUAAAUGUGUCCAUCGGUCUGGAACAGGCAGGAAGUAUCGAUGCAUGGCAUCGAUAAAGCGAUUUCGGUACACCUCUGGGGAUACUACUGUGGGCAGGCGAGCCUGACCGCCGCCUAACUGACCAUAAUACUUCACCAUGGCUUCAAGCUUUUUGUCCCAGGUGAAAGUGCGAAUGUAGUCUAUUAUGCCUACUACAAGUUCAUGUCGCUCCUGGUCGAGUCCAACAAGAAGAGAGUAAUCCAUUACAGCUUGUGCAGCAAGGAAUUCUGUAUCGCUGUGAAUUGCUUGCAUGAGCACAGCCUUUGAAUGUGGGUACACAUACAGUGGCGAGUCACACGUCACUGAAAUAGAAAAAAGUCAUUUUGAAGUUUUUGCCAACUGAAAACCAUGUACAAAUGUAAUUAUUAAUAAAAAGUUUUAUAUGUAAAGACAUUUUAAAAAUUUUCUUUGCCUUCUCAUUGUGGUCAUACUUUCGUAAGGCAAGUAAGAAAAAUGAAAUUUAUUUUCUCUCAUACGAAAAUUAAGUGAUGAAAAUUCAAAGAACUGAUAGGAAAUGUGUACGUUAUUUACUAUUUAUGAACAUAUUUCACUCUUGUUCUAGCUUAUACUCUUCUUUACACUACAUUUUACUAAAUGAAUGGAAGUUCCAGAAGGUUUUGGUGAAAUUAGAAGUGAUAAGAUUCCAAAUCACAUUCUAGGAAGAACAAUGCCAAUGAUCAAUUCUGUCAAUUUUUGUUCAAAUUAUCCUCCUGUAAUAAAGUGCGUUCACACUAUGGACAAA